AUGCAGCUACUAGGGGCUGCGGGGGUGCAGGGCGAUCAGGGGACACAGGUUCUGUGUGGCACUCAGGAAGAAUUAGAGACGCUGAGGCGCGUUUACCCAGUGGAUAUUCUGGAAGAUGACGCUGAGGGCCACCAGGGGGCAGCUUUGGCUCACUACACUUCGCUUGCAGAAGGCGCUGGGAUGUCUUCACAGGUGUUCUUGCUUCCGACUGGGGAACAGGUUAAACUCGGAGCUUCCUCUGUUUGCUUUUGGCCCAUGUACCGUGAUGAGCCCGAACACAAGAUACUGGUUUUGGUUAACCCCCAGGACACAAAGACAGUCGUGGCUGUGUACCUAAAAGGGUCGUGGUGGUCCACGGAAGAUGUACUCCGGACCUCUGAUCCCACAAGGGAAGGACUGAUGAAGGUUCAGUCAUUUGGAGAACGAAUUGUGCUUUUCAUCCUAAAUGUCGUUAUUUUUGGAAGAUCGGAGAGAAAUUUGGACGACGAUGACAUGUUUUUCCUACCUCACUCCAUGAAGGAGCAGGCAAAAAUUCUGUGGCGACACGGAGCCGCUGUUGGAUUUUACACGACCAAAAUGAAAGGCAGCCUGUGUGGCAACGGCACCGGAGCAUGCUACCUGCUGCCCGUCUUCGAUACCGUGUUCAUCAGGAGGAAACAGCGUCGCCAAGGCCUGGGGACAGCCAUGCUGCGGGACUUCUGUGACACGUUCCAGGAGGAGGAGGCCCUGGGAGUCAGUUCUCCGAUUUCCCCUGCCAUGUUCCAAGUCUGCAGGCAGUUCUUGUCGGCCUGUGCAGAGGAGCGGGGGCGCUUGUGGGAGGUGGAGCCCCCAGGGGCCUGGGGCCAGCGCAUCAACAUCUGGCUCAAGAUUCAGCUUCAGCAAGCGAGCGUUCCAGACCAGUACCCCGGAGAUUCCAAGGAGGACGCAUGUGAUCCUGGGCAGACGUCUCGCGAUGAAAGACCCGGAGAAUCUGGAGGCAGCGAUGAGGAGCAGAUCUGUGGAGAAGAACUGGAAAACACAGAGGGUGACCAAGCCCGUGGCGUGAAGGAGGAGGCAUCCGGGCUGCCCAGGAGCCCCUGCUGGGCCGUGCAGGCGGGGACGGAGGCCAAGCGGACAGAGGCCAAGCGGACAGCAGCAGUCGCCGGGCUGGCCAGGCAGUCGCGGUGGAAGCAAGUGCGGCCCAGUUCCUAACUCUUCCAGAGAGGAGGUCUUGUCGAGGGGCCCGACCUUGGCUCUCUGGAGCCCGGGUCUGAUGGCUCACAUGGCCUUGAUGUGCCUUUUCUUAUAAUCUUUGAGGAAACAGUGGCCACCCAGGUGUGUAGGCCUCAGAUUCCUGUGGGACCUGGUUCUACAAAGACCAAGAAAGUGCUUCCCAGGGUGCUGUGUGCUGUAGAGACAGGGGGUUAUUUUUAUUUAUUUUUUUAAAAGAGAGGUUUUUGCUACAGGGCACGUGUGCUUGCCAGAAAGAGAGAGACGGAGAGAAGGAAAGCAAGAAAUCACCCCC